AUGCCGAUCGGAGCGGCGACCUCCGCCGACCACGCGGCCUCGAGCGCCGACACCGCCAGGGACGCCCGGAUAGGCCAGCAGCACGUCGGCGGCGCCCAGAUGGAUGCCACCGCCUCCAAGUACUCCAAGGAAUGGUACAACACAAUUGUGGAGCAUGUGCAGUCCUUCCUGCAGAAGAUUGGGUUUGACCCAGCAUUCGUGCCUAUCUCGGGCUUGGACAGAGAUAAGUUGACCACGAGGUUAGUCAACAUGGCCUGGUACGAGGGCCUGCUCCUCCCUGAUGCGCUGGACAAGAUGGAAGAGCCCAAGAUGCCAGUGGACAAGCAGCCCCACAAGCAGUCCUUGCGCCUUCCCCUUAUAUGCAUGUACAAGAUUGGUGGGGUAGACACUAUUUUUGGUGGUCGUGUGCAGACUGGUGAACUGAAAGCUGAGAUGAUGAUGACCUUUGGGCCCACUAGCCUUGAGAGGAAAGUGAUGUUGUUGGAAAUGCACCAUGAAUCUGUGUAG